UGACCUUGGCCCAACUUCGGCUCCCCUUGACCUUGCUCCAACUCCUCCCCAGCUCCCGCCCCCAGCCUCGCACCGGCUCCCCAGGACCCCAGGUUCGCAACCGGAGCAUAGCCAGGCAUUGACUCCGGCCAGAGCCCGGCCCCGAGGCUUCAGCGCCCCGGGAGGUCCCCAGUCCCGGGCCCACCGGCAGGGGCAGGGCCUGGGGCGGGGCCUCGUAGGGCCCGGCCUUCCGGGAGCGGAGCGGCGGCUGCUAAGAUGGCGCUGACGAACGCAGCCGGAGUCGCUGGAACCAGGGUCCCAGCGGGAGCCGGAGCCGGGCGCGGGGCGGCAGCGGAGGCCGGGCCGGGCUCCGAGUCCGAGUGAGCCUCAGCGCGUCCUUCCUGCCCCUGCCCUCGCCGGGGCAUGAGCGCCCAGCCCCGCGGCAGCUGGGCAGAGCCGGAGCCCGAACCGGAGCCGGACCGAGGCCCAUGAAUUCCGUGUCGCCCGCCGCCGUGCAGUACCGGAGCGGGAGCCCGGACGACCUGUGCCGCCCUGAGGCCAGGAAGCCGCCGCGGGCCCCCGGAGCCCGGGGGCAGGGGCCUGGGGGCGGGGGCGGAGGAGGAGGAGGAAGAGGAGGAGGAGGAGGAGGAGGAGGAGGAGGAGGAGUCAGCAACGGCGGUGGCGGCAGCAGCGGCCACAAUGGCCUAGUGGCAGGAGCCGGAGCAGCUGCUUCGGCCACCUCGGGUCCUGCAUCCCCCAGUGAGCCCGCCGAAGUGGACAAGCUCAAGAGCAAAUUCCUGUCUGCCUGGAACAAUGUCAAAUAUGGCUGGACUGUUCGAACCAAGACCAGCUUUAGCAAGUUGUCUACUGUGCACCUGUGUGGCCGUAGAUAUCGAUUUGAAGGGGAAGGUGACAUCCAGCGGUUCCAGAGAGACUUUGUGUCCCGCCUAUGGCUCACAUACAGAAGGGACUUCCCUCCAUUGGAGGGUGGCAGCUUGACCUCAGACUGUGGCUGGGGCUGUAUGCUUCGUAGUGGGCAGAUGCUGCUGGCCCAGGGCCUACUUCUGCAUUUCUUCUCCAGAGAUUGGACUUGGUCAGAAGCUAUUCUACCCCCAGGCCCAAGGGAAUCAGAGCUCCUCAGAAACAUGUCUCCUUCUCGGGCCGGGGCAAGCUGGCAACGAGUUCCCUCACCAGCUCUGGGCCUGGGUCGGGCCCCCUGGACCAUCAGUGGGGCCCUGAGCCCCAGGGAGCUAGAGCAGGAAGAACAGCACCGGCGCAUUGUUUCCUGGUUUGCUGAUCAGCCUGGGGCUCCCUUUGGCUUGCAUCGGCUUGUGGAACUGGGCCGAAGCUCCGGCAAGAGGGCAGGGGACUGGUAUGGGCCCUCUGUUGUGGCUCACAUCCUCAGGAAAGCCGUGGAGAGCAGCUCAGAGGUGGCUCAGCUGGAGGUGUACGUUUCUCAGGAUUGUACAGUGUACAAGGCAGAUGUGGCCCAGCUAGUGGCCCAGCCAGACCCGAGCACUGAAUGGAAAUCAAUUGUCAUCCUGGUACCAGUGAGGCUGGGCGGGGAGACCCUCAACCCUGUAUAUGUGCCCUGUGUCAAGGAGCUCCUGCGGCUAGAACUGUGCAUUGGAAUCAUCGGUGGGAAGCCCCGGCACUCACUUUAUUUCAUUGGCUAUCAGGAUGACUUCCUGCUCUACCUCGACCCACACUACUGCCAGCCUUGCGUGGAUACCUCCCAAGAGGGCUUCCCCCUGGAGUCCUUCCACUGCACGUCUCCCCGGAAGAUGGCCUUCAGCAGGAUGGACCCCAGUUGUACGAUUGGCUUUUACGCUGGCAACAGGAAGGAGUUUGAACUGCUGUGCUUGGAGUUGACCAGGGUACUCAACUCUUCCUCGGCCACCGAGCGCUACCCCAUGUUUACCCUCUCUGAGGGCCAUGCCCAGGAAUAUGGCCUAGAGGAGGUCUGCUCCCAGCUCACCCAGCAGACCCUCCGACUGCCUCAGGCGGGGAAGCUUAGCAAGGCCAAGAGGCCCAGCUCAGAAGACUUUGUGUUUUUAUAGCGGGAAGGGGAAGCAGAGUUGUAAUAUAUAUAUAUUUUUAUUUAUAUACAUGUGAUUGAGCUGCCCCUUGCCCCUGCACAUGGGGGAGGGGCAGCAAUAUUCUCAGGCUCACUGGGGGUUUGGGGCUGAUUACUGAUCCCCCAACACCUUUCACUCCUCUCCUCAGUGUGGAGAAGGCUGUGAUUCUGCUGUAGCAACAUUUCCACUGGAAAUAAGCCUGGGCUAGAGGGUGGGGGCCUGGUCUUCCUUGCUGUGCUCUCCCUCCCCUCUGGCUGGCUUGUGGCCCAAGGGUGAAAUUAAAGUUCUACUUGAUAAAUGUC